CGUCAAAAUUUGGAUUCUCAAAAACAGCAUUGUAUUUAAAUUUGAGUAGGAACGCAACCCCAAGUAUAGACUGUACAGGUGGCAACCCUAUCGCACAGAAAAAAAGUAAACAAGGCGGCAUUGCGUCUCGAGCGACAUGACGGAAAAUAGUGUUAGCGAAAGCAAAGAGGAGCAAUCCGUGAACGACGAUGCUCCGACACCAGAGCAGUCAGCACCAGAUAUAGCCACAACCGUGGCUGCUGAACUCAGCAGCAGAGGCAUCGAUUGCGAGGACAAUGCAUCGUUGGACUCGGCAAGCGUUUUCAGCGCCACAACAACAACGACAACAACACGCAGCAAAAGUAAAUCGCCAAAUACGCGAAAACUGAGGAAAUUAUGUCGACGCGCCAAAGCGCCUAAAAUGGUGCAACCGCUUUACAAAUAUAGCCAUCAUGUACGUGAGGAUCACAAUCAUCAAAUCUUUGGUGUGCAGUUUAAUCCGUUUCUGGAUCGAAGUCAAGCGGUGUUUGCUACAGUGGGCAAAGAUCGUGUUUCCAUCUACGAGUGUGUCAAGCGCAAUCCGGAGCUGGAAGCUGGCGAGGAUGACGGUAUACGUCUGCUGCAAGUCUAUGCAGAUCCCGAUACCGAUGAAAGUUUCUACACGUGUGCUUGGUCCUAUGAUGCCAUCACUAGAGAUCCUGUACUCGCUGCCGCAGGUUAUCGUGGUGUAAUACGCAUCUUUAACAUCAUAAAACAUCAGUGUGCUAAGAAUUAUAUUGGACACGGACAUGCCAUCAAUGAACUCAAGUUUCAUCCGGUGUUGCCACAGUUGUUGCUCUCCGGCAGCAAGGAUCAUUCGCUGCGCUUGUGGAACAUACAGACGGAUGUGUGUGUGGCGGUUUUUGGUGGCGUCGAGGGACAUCGGGAUGAGGUGUUAUCCAUUGAUUUUGAUUUGCGUGGUGAUCGCAUCAUGUCUAGCGGCAUGGAUCAUUCUCUUAAGUUGUGGCGUCUUAAUAAGCCGGACAUAAAGGAGGCCAUCGAGCUGAGCUCGACGUUUAACGCCAGUAAAAAUACGGCACCAUUUCCCACAAUUAAGGAGCAUUUCCCUGACUUUUCCACGCGUGACAUUCAUCGAAAUUAUGUGGAUUGUGUGCAGUGGUUUGGUGAUUUUGUCUUCUCCAAGUCCUGCGAGAACUCCAUUGUGUGCUGGAAGCCGGGAAAACUGUCAGCACAGCGUCAGGACAUCAAGCCACAGGAUUCGACAACAGUUUUGCAUCAUUUCGAUUACAAAAUGUGCGAGAUUUGGUUUGUGCGUUUUGCAUUUAAUGCCUGGCAAAAGGUGCUGGCUCUCGGCAAUCAACUGGGCACCACUUUUGUUUGGGAGCUGGACUCAAAUGACCCAAAUCUGACCAAAUGUAGUCAACUGGUGCAUCCCAAAUGUACUUCAACAAUACGGCAAACAUCGUUCUCCAAGGACGGUUCGAUUUUAAUUUGUGUAUGUGACGACAGCACUGUUUGGCGAUGGGAUCGCGUCAAUUAACAUAUUCUAUAUGUAAUAAUCUUAUACAUUCUAUGUAAUAAUGUAUUUAUUUAUAUAUUUAUGUGUGACUUAAACAUAAUUCAAAUAUGUAAAAAGUGGUGGUAAA